AUGAGUGCCCAAUCCGCUUCGGCGGUGCGGGGCUCCGCUACAGGGCCUCUGAUGAAUGGUCGCGGGCACCAGUCGUCGGUGGCGCCAAGCUAUGGGGCUGCUUCUGAAGCUGGGUCUACAAGUGGUGUGGGCUUGGAUGCUGGGAGCAGUUUGCCGCAGGACACGAGGAUGGCCUCCGGCUGCAGAUCUGGCAAUGAUCUGCAGCAGGGGUCCAUCCCUGGCUCUGGAGGUGGUGGUACAGCUACACCUUUGGAGGUUGUGAAUGACCUGAGGGCGGCAACCGAUGGGGGCGAGGCCCCAGAUACCGGUUUGCCCCCUGGAGCAGGCAACAACAGUUCAGAACUACCCGAAGGACCUUUGGAGAGUGCACGGCGAGCUGUAGGACAGAUCUGGCAAGCGGUGCAGGUGGCCGCUGGACACCCUGCUAUGGCUUCCCGACCUCCUAUGAACGAAGGAGGAGAGUCUGGGGAAGUGGAAACGUAUCUGAGUGCUGGCUGGGAUGGGUCACGGGAUGAUUCGAGGUCUCCCUCUCCACCACGUGGGCCUCCCCACGCUCCAGCCGAGGUGAUGUUGCAGCAGCCACUGUUUCCGCCUGAAGUCCUGAGCCAGAUUGAGACGAUGAAUCGCGAGGCCUGA